AUGUACCAACCAUACGAGGAGGAGGCUCCCAUACCUUUGAUAGCGAAUUACACGUUGGUCAAGAGCGAUGAAGAAGUGAAGAGGGAGACGGGUGAUCGGAUAAUUCUGGAAAUAGGCCGUCAAGACGAAAGACCCCGCGAGGAAAACACUUUCUCCCAUAAGAAGUACGAUAAGACGACAUCACACCACAGAUCCUAUGUCCUGGACGACUAUGCAGAGCCAAAACGCAUUGUGUACUUCAGACCUCACGAGUUGCAGUCCAUGUCUCAAGAAGGAGCGAGGUACUAUGAGCAGGAGGGGUACAGAGAUCCGUUAAUAAAUGACGCAGCCAAUUCAGAGUCCUCGUUGGACUUCUCCCACGAGUCACAGGACAACAGCAAAUACGAAGAUCCGAGCCAACCCGACGUUACUAUGAAUUGGAAAGAGAGGGCGUUGCAACUCGAAAAAGAGUAUAAAAAAACUGCCUGUGACCGUGAACGAACUCGCAUGCGGGACAUGAAUCGAGCUUUCGACCUGUUGCGCUCGAAGCUACCGUUAACGAAGCCCUCAAAGAAGAAGUACUCUAAAAUCGAGUGCCUCAGAAUAGCUAUCUGCUAUAUACGUCACUUGGAAUAUAUGUUAUCUGGGGGUUCUCCGGACGACAAUCCUGAAUUCUCCGACUUCCAAGCCACCGAUAUCAGAAGAAGGCCACCGAGAUAU